CUCUAAACUUAAAGGCUAAGGAGGUCUGGAUGCCUUUCUCAGAUCCCUCUCGCGUUCUGCGCUCAUUCCUUGUUUGCGCUGUCCGGCUUGCAUUGAUUCAUGAACACGGCGCUCCUGUGAAAGCUUGCCCUAAUACAGGUUUUGGAAUCGUGUUCUUUUUCGUGACAUAAGCGUCACUGUGUGGGCCGUCCUGAGCGCUGAAGAAAACUUCCGAGCUGAACAGACACAUCACAGUCUCUCUCUUUCUCUCUCCCUCUCUCUCUCACACACACGCACGGCACAAGAACACUGCACACCACCGCUCCAAUCUUAAAAAAUCCAAACUCGCUGAAAACGCCCAGAGAAAAGGGCAGCGCCCCAAGGCCGAAAUGAUGCAGCCUGACAGGAGCAAGGCGCUGGAAGCAGAGACUCCAGUCAGGGACCCGACCCAAAGGAGCCCCAGAGACCUCCGAGCCCUGAGGAAGCUAGGCGUGAUGGAGGACGAUGACGUGCGCUUCAUGCUGUUGGGCUCCAGCCUGUGGAAGAUCCGCUCCCCGCGCUGGCAGAAGAGGAGGGAGCUGAGGCUGCAGGAAGAUGGCAUGACAGUGUGGUGUGAGACCCACAAGAGAUCCAAGAGAGCCGCCUCGCAGCAGACCUUCUCAGUGAUGGAUGUGCAGUGUGUGCUGGAGGGCUGUCAGUCGGAGGUGCUGCGGGGGCUGUGCAGCUCGAUCCCCGAGGCUCUCUGCUUCACCGUGGUGUUCAGGGGGCCGCGCAGAGGCCUGGACCUGGCCUGCAGCUCGGAGGAGGAGGCGAGUCACUGGAUCAGGGGGCUGCGGAGGCUGCAGGAGAGGGGCCAGACCAUGAGCCAGAGAGACAAGCUGGAGCACUGGAUCUACGGGUACCUGCGCAGAGCCGACGCCAACAAGGACAACACAAUGAGCUUCAAGGAGGUGAAGAGCCUGCUGAGGAUGAUCAACAUGGAGGUGACCGAGCUGUACGCACGGCAGCUAUUCAAGCAGUGUGACCGUUCUGGGAAUGACCGUCUGGAGAACAGCGAGAUCGAGGAGUUCUGUCGGCGGCUCAUGAGGAGGCCGGAGCUAGAGGCUCUGUUCUGCCGCUGCUCCGGGGAGGACUGCGUGCUCUCGGAUGAGGAGCUGCUGGAGUUCCUGAAGGAGCAGGGAGAGGAGGCAACACUGAGCCAGGCGAGAGAGAUCAUCCAGGAAUACGAGCUGAACGACACAGCGAAGCAGCAGAGGUUGAUGAUGCUCGAUGGCUUCCUGAUGUAUCUGCUCUCAAAGGAGGGGGACGUCUUUAACCCCGCGCAUGCCACAGUCUACCAGGACAUGAGCCAGCCCCUGAGCCACUACUUCAUCUCCUCCUCUCACAACACAUACCUGCUGCAAGACCAGCUCGGGGGCCCCAGCAGCACCGAGGCCUACAUCAGGGCUCUGUGUCAGGGCUGUCGCUGUGUGGAGCUUGAUUGCUGGGAAGGUCCGAACGGAGAGCCCAUCGUGUACCACGGACACACCCUGACCUCCAGGAUCCUGUUCCGUGAGGUCAUCGAGGCUGUGCGAGACUAUGCCUUCCAGGCCUCCCCGUACCCCCUCAUCCUGUCUCUGGAGAAUCACUGUGGCCGGGAGCAGCAGGUGGUGAUGGCCCGACACCUGCUCUCCAUCCUGGGGGAGACCCUGCUGACCAAGAGCCCGGGGAGGAAAGGAGCUAGGAGCCUACCCUCCCCUGAGGAGCUCAAGGGGCGGAUCCUAGUCAAGGGAAAGAAACUGAGUGGCCAGCAGGUGGAAUCUGACAGCUCGUCCAGCUCAUCCGAUUCGUCAGCCUGCUCAGAGGAGGAGGGGCCAGGAGAGGGGGGUGGGAUCAAGACCAAAAACAAGAAGAAGAAAAAGAAGGAAUCUGUCAAGAGCUGCUCAUUGAGCCUUGCUCCUGAACUCUCUGAUCUCGUUGUGUUGUGCCGCAGUGUGCGUUUCCAUGGUUUUGACCACGCCUCCCAGCAGCCGGCCAAUGAGAUGUCAUCAUUCUCUGAGGGCAAAGCACGCCGCCUCAUCCGAGACUCGGGAAACUCAUUUGUUUGUCACAACGCUCAGCAGCUGAGUAGGAUCUACCCAUCGGGUCUGCGCGCUCACUCCUCCAACUACAACCCCCAGGAGAUGUGGAACGCAGGCUGCCAGAUCGUGGCGCUCAAUUUCCAGACCCCCGGAGAGGCGAUGGCCCUGAAUCAGGGGCGCUUCCUGCAGAACGGACGCUGUGGCUACACCCUGAAACCAGACUUCCUGCGCAGCGCCAACUCCACCUUCGACCCCGAGCAUCCCGCCCGCGGACAGGGCUAUCAAGCCAAGACCCUGACCAUCACGGUGAUCUCAGCCCAGCAGCUGCCCAAGCUGAAUCCGGAACGGCCGAACUCCAUUGUGGACCCGCUGGUGAGGGUGGAGCUGCACGGGGUGCCCGCCGACAACGCCCGCGCUGAGACCCCCCACAUCAACAACAAUGGGUUCAACCCACAUUGGAACCAUACCCUGGUGUUUGACGUGGGGGUCCCAGAGCUGGCGCUGGUCCGGUUUGUAGUGGAGGACCACGACACCACCUCCAGCAAUGACUUUGUGGGACAGUUCACCCUGCCCUUCACCAGCCUGCGCCAAGGGUACCGGCACAUGCACCUGCUCUCUGCGGACGGUGCCUCCAUCUCCCCGGCGUCUCUCUUUGUGCACAUCAGGGUGUCAGAGCUGUCCAGGAGCCAGUUUGUCUGAACCCCUCGGAGUGAGGCCCCCAGGGCGAGAAUCCCUGUGGAGCUCUCAGGGGCUCUCAUUGUGCAUCAGGGCUGUGCAGUGCUGGCAGAGAGCGGCCAGCUAAAUGCCCUGCACACCAGCACUACAGCACUGCGUUACAGCACUAACGCACAGCUUAGCAAGGGAGGCUGUCCUAAAAAGGGUCCCCCUUUUUAUUUUCUACAUGUUUUUAAAUGAUCUGUUCAUGUUAUCGAAUAUGUUUUAAUGCAGUAGUUAAGCAGCAUUAAAGACCGAAUUAAAAGUUAAGACCGAAUCCAGCACAGGCUAGGAGAGGGACGGUACUGUGUAAAACGCCAGGGCAUCAGUUCAGAACAGCAGACAGGCUGCUUUACUUGCUGGUGAAUCACAUGCCGUAGCCUGUACAGUUACCAUCAAUAGCAAGUUAUUCUUAUAGGAAACUUAAAGGCUCCAUUUUCUGGUGCAACUUUACCGCUGGCACCUUGUCUGGACUGUGAAGAAGAUCUUGUACCUCUCAGCUGUGGGUGGGGUGAUCUUAAUGGAAGUGAUUGGGCACUUGGAAGCAACGCCACCUGUUAUUUCCACAGUUUGAAAUGUCCACAUGGCCAGAGUUAAUGCAUGGAAAGUGGAGCACCACAUGAUCUUCAGCGCAGGAACAGGGAGCACUGCUGAAAGGAAGUGGAUUGUAAAGCCCUGUUCAACGUUCCUUUACGUAGGCUGGCAUGGUCUCUCAGUCUUUGCCACACACUGAGCCUCUAAUAGACUGGAGUGCUACUGACCACAGGGACAGUUUAAACGCAGUGUUUAUUGUUAUUGUUAUGCUAUGUUGAUAGAACAAGCCCUAGACAUAUGUUUAUUAGUUCUCUGUAAUCAUCACAUAUUAUAUAUAUAUAUAUAUAUAUAUAUAUAUAUAUAUAU